AUGGCUUCCUCUAUUACAGCAACAAUGGUAUUCUCCUUAGGCUUAAAAGGACCACCUCAAAACCACUUCUUUAGAGCCGUUCAAUUCCCUCCAUUAGCCCAGAGACUUUCUUCAAAUGUCAGCUUUACUCACAGUGUUUCUGGGUUGAGCCCACUUGUUCUUGGCAAAGUUCCCACCUUUACCUCUCCUUCUCAGAAGGAUCGACAACCCUUUACUGUUUUCUCUGCGAAGAAAGGCUACAAAAUGAAAACCCACAAGGCUUCUGCAAAGCGGUUUAGGGUGUCUGGAAGUGGGAAGAUUAUGAGGAGGAGGGCUGGAAAGCAGCAUUUGCUGAGAAAGAAGAAUACUAAGAGAAGAUUGAGACUGUCUAAAAUGGUGCAAGUUGAUCGCAGUGACUACGACAAUGUAAUUGGUGCCUUGCCGUAUCUAAAAGUAAACCGAGCUAACUAG